AUGAAACUCUCAUUGAUUGUCUUAGUGUCCAUAGCCACUAAAAUCAAUGGAGCUCCAGCUCCAGAAGUUGCUACUGUAUGGCAAACUGCUACCAAUGUUGUCAAUGAUGAUGGUUCAAUUUUCACUUUCCUUAAUGCUUUAUUUGAUGACACCCCAGAUUCUACUACUGCUGUAGCUGUACAAGCUACUCCUGUGACUGCUGCUGCUGCCGCCGCUGCUGCUACAACCACUGCAGCUGCUUCAAGUAGUUCUGGUUCCAAAUUCAGUUUAGAUUCAUUUUUAUCAACAAAUAUCAAUAAAUGGCUUAACUUUUUCGGUUUGGAUGAUUCAUCAUCAUCAUCAUCGUCUGCUGCUGCUGCUGCUGCACCAGUUGCAACGUCUGCAGCCGACACCGCGUUCCCAAAUUUCACCUUUCCAAAUAAAGCUUCGUCUGCUGUGGCCACCACUCCUGCCUCCACUGCAGCAUAUACCCCAGCUACCACUACUUCAACCUCCUCAACGGCCGCUGCUACCUCCUCAUCUUCAUCAAGUGGUGGAUCCGUAGGUGGAUCAGAUGUAGCAUUCGCUUCAGCCAUCUUAAAAGCUCACAAUACAUAUCGUGCUCAACAUGAUACUCCAGCUUUAUCAUGGAAUCAAGGAGCUUAUGAAUAUGCUCAAAAUAAUGCUGAUAAUUACGACUGUUCGGGUAUAUUGACCCACACACAUGGUCAAUACGGAGAAAACUUAGCAGCAGGAUUCAAAGAUGGCCCUUCAGCUGUUAAAGCUUGGUAUGAUGAAGGAGAAACUUAUAACUAUCAAUCUGCCAAUACUUAUGAUCAUUUUACCCAAGUGGUUUGGAAAGGAAGUACCGGUGUUGGGUGUGCUUAUAAAGAUUGUUCAGCUGAGAAUUGGGGAUUAUAUAUUGUUUGUGAAUAUGAUCCUCCAGGAAAUGUUAUUGGUAAAAAUGCUGCCAAUGUUUUACCAGUUUCCAGUUAG